AUGCUUGUUCUUCACACCCUCGUUCCUUUCUUUGCAACAGGGCCGGUGACCAUCUGCGGUGAAGUGACCAUCUUGCACGGGGGAUUCCUGCUGGCAUCCAGGCUGUGCCAUCCCAAGCCGUUAUCCGAGCUGGCCAAGUCCGACUGGCCUGUGGUGGGAAAACCAAUCCUGGAAGCCUUGCAGGAGAUCUGCACCUCCUAUUCUUGUUAUCCUCCCCAGCCCAACCUCUGGAAGAAAAAGGCGGCCCUUGUCCUCUGGUCCAAAUUGCUCCUCUCGGCUGUCCCGUCCGACGACCGGUGGAAAAGCGACGCUUUCUUCUCCGUCAGCAACAUGAUCCCCGAGAUCAACCACACUGUCCUCUUCGAGCUGUUCAAGGCGGUCAACGCACCCCGACUUUUCACCCAGCUGCUUCUGGUCCUGCCGGAUCCCCUUUGCCAAAAAGAGCUUCAGACCUUCGUAGAGUACAUCGCCAAGGAGACAUCUCCGGCCGACGUCGCGUUCUUCUUAGACGUUUGGUGGGAGGUUAUGAAACACAAAGGAGGAGGAGAAGACCGAUUGGUACUGCUGUUCCAAAACAUGACUCACCAACACGUUUUGGAGUCUGAAGAACUGGACCAGCCUCCCAAGAGGUUCAAGAGCAGCCCUUCGUCCGUGCCGGAGAACUCCGCCGUCCCUCUCGUCCUCCCGAUCUUGACCGAAGGGCUCAAACUGAUCAAAGAUAGCCUGGGCUCAACCAGGAUGAAGUGUUACGCCCUUGCUAACUUAGUGGACGUCUUGUCUGCCUUGGUGGCCACUGAGUGUCAAGCAAAGGCGUUGUCUCCUCAAGCUUACUUGGAGAAGAUCUCCUCGACGGUGACCCUCUGGAGCUGUGACUGUGAAAACCGAUACAACAAGAAGGACUUGGAUGCGAAGGUGAAGGAAGCCGAGAGGAGCAUGAGUUUGCUGGACAUGGUCAAGUUGUCCAAGCAGUUGGUGCUCUGCAACUUAAGCUUCCUCCACUCCUUGUUGAAGGAGUGGGCUUCAGAGGUCCAGGUCUUCUUGAAUGACCCUCAGCAGGUCUGCUAUGAGAGCUACCGGCUCCUCAACUGCUUGGCGGCCUUACAGAAGAGGUUGACCAACUGUGGUCUAGAGGACCUCAACCAGGAGACAGCCCGAGUGAUGUUGGAUCUGGGCAAAGUCAUUGCAGACCUCCUGAAGAAGAUCAACCCUGAGACUUGGGGAAAGAGCACCGGCGGCGAUCUGGUGGCUUCGGUAGCCAUGGUGAUCAUCGACAAGAAAAUGGACCGACACAAAGAAGUGUGCUCUGUGUUUGCUAAGGAGAAAAACUGGGCCUUGAGCAAGGAUUGGGUGGCUUGCCUUGUUAAGAAUAAGGCCCUUUUCCAGGAUCCGGAACUAAUUUUGAAGCUGCUGGAGACAGUCGCCUCUUUGGAAUCCCCCGAGGAUUCAUCCAGAAACCGAGAGCAACAAACCAAGGUGGUCAAGAUCAUCCUUGAGUGUUACAACGAACUUUCCUUGCCGGAUAAGAACAAAGUCAUUGCUGGUGUUUUGGCGAGUUGGGGCCGACAAGGUCUUUCCAAGCUGAUGGUAGCCUUCUCGGAACGAUUUCAGGAGGAACUCAACGUGGCCUUCAACCAGAUCAUCCAGAGUGCCUCUGGGGAAGGUUUUAAGAAAGCCAUCCUUGCCAUAUCUCGGCUGGUGGUCCUCAACCCAGAAGGUACCAUCAAGAAAAUCAGUAACUUAGCCAUUGCCAAUUUGGGAACCCAUCAAUUCUUGGCUGAGAUCCUCUGCUCUUUCCCAGCUCUGAGCUUCCAAGAACCUCAGGGUCAACCCAACGUCUCCCGCAACCUUCUCCUAGAAUGUUUGAAAGAGACGGUUUGGGAGCGUCUCUCGUCUCCCAAGGAGAAGGAGCAAUUUUUAGAGUUCCUAGUUCAUCUCAUGCGACCGAGUGGAACAAGUCCCCUCCUGUCUCCUCCAGAGGUGGUCCAAAGCUUGAUCUUCCCGUUUCUGAAGUCAGAUUCUCCCCGAAUUGAGCUCUGCUUGCAAAUCCUGGACAAGGCUUUGAAAGUCCCAUCAGAACAGAGCUGGAUUCAUACCUGCCACCCGUUUCCACUCAUCUUUUCUCUCUGCAAACUCCUGGAUGGCUUCUCCCAAUAUUGGCACCAACCAGAAGACCAAGAGAGAUGUUCCCUGGAGACCAAAGAUUUGGUGGUCACCAACUUAGCCCAGCUGUGUGAUGUUCUCCUGGUCCAGAAGGACUCUCUAUCUCCACAGUUGUGGACCCAAUCGGUGGCCUGGUUGCACAAGAAGCUCAGCGUCUUGGAUUGGACCAUUGGCCUCCGUGUGAAGGACAUCUUCGGAGAACAUUUCAGAAAUGAAGUCCCGGCUACUCUUUUUGAGGUCUGUAAGCUUCCAGAGGAGGACUGGACGACCCGUCCGCUCCCAAAUUAUGGAGCAGGCAGUGGGUUGCUGGCCUGGUUGGAAACGUGUUGCGUCUCAACGGCCCUGCGUGAGCAGAUGCUUGUGCUCCUCGUGGUUAACGUGGACAACCCUGAGGAAGUCAAUCUCUUCAGCAAAGGGUUCUUGGUGGCCCUUGUCCAGGUCUUUCCGUGGUGCAGCCAAAGCGAGUGGAGAAGACUUGUCCACGUGAUCAAAAGUCUCUUGGAACGAGAGAUCCUCUACGUACCUUACUCGCUGGAGUACGUCCAGUUUUUACCGUUGUUGAAUUUCCGGCCUUUCGCCUAUCAUCUCCAGUUGUCCGUGCUUCUUCUGCGGGCCUUCCAGUUCCUCUGCGGGGCCAGUGGCGCGACGUGGAUGCCAGCGGAGGCGUGGAGACACGUCGGGAGACUCUACUGCCUCAGCUUAUCCGAUCUGCUGGGCUCGGUGAAGACCAUCGCCCGUGGCCAGUGGCACUCCGUGGAAGAGAAGAACGUGAUCCGGGAGCUGUCCUUCGUUUACAUCCAGAUGUUCUGCCACACGCUUCACGUGGCCGCCAUGUUGCCCAACCAUGGGACCGGGGACCCUCUGCUGCUGGUCUCCUUGGAGAUCCUGUCGCAGUACGAGAUGCUGUACGACCUUGACGAAUCCCUGGGGAGUGCCUUACGCAAGGCCAACGAGACCCACUUCUUGGAGUCCAUCGUGGAGAACGUCACCAACAAGGAACUGCGCACCAUGCUGCUCCAUAAGCUCCAUAAACUCUGAGGAUCAAAUUCGGAUUCUAGGAGGCGUGUGGACAGCAGGGCUCUGGGUUGCGGGUUCGAGAGAAACCGAAACAGCUUUCAUCCGAGGAAAGAGAGAGCUCAAUGGGAAAUUUGCAAGAUCUAUAAUAAACCU